UAAUUUUGUAAAAAUAAUUAGUUUCUACGCUUCAGCAUACCCAAUUCCUGUUUCAUGAUCAGGAGAUCUAAUUUGAUGGAACAGAGACUCAUAUGCAGCUGUAUGUGAAGCACGCAAAAUCGAACCGAGAGAAGAAACCUUAGAUCUCUGUUGGUGCCGCUAAUGGGGAUUCAUGAUUCUCCCGACUCCUCCCCGAAACCAUUACAUCUGUACGAGGUAAAAUAAACUGAUAUCUCUAGUUUUGGACUGGAAGCAAACCUUAUAUUUCUUAUGGAUGAGCUCUAAUUCGAAGUGGAAUCAGCUACAAUCUGCUUAUGUUUUUCGAAUGUACAUAUUGACUUGGGUGAUGCAUGGAGAAAGAUUAGAUAUGAACCGAUGAUUUGGUUCAUCAUAUUCACACAAUGGGUUUGAGAUAUGGCUGAUGUUGCAGGUUUCAAGGUAAUCAGCCACUCUCUUGAGUGCAUAUGGUGAUGAAACGUUAGUGGAGUUGUUCCACUAUCUACUGCUAGUCCGGUGAUUUCAGUGAUAUUUUAUUCUUGAGUUUCUUAUAUGUCCAACGCAUAUAACUCUUCCACUUUCUGCGCCAAAGUUAAUGCAUAAUAAGUCAUGUUUAUGUCUACAUUCUUCAUGAGAGAAGCCUUUGCUUACCAUGUUUCAAGCCAUAGGAGUUUGUUAUCCAAGGAAGGUCGCUACAGUUCAAUACAGAGACUACGUCCUCAACUUUCCAGCUUAGCAUCAAUCUUUUUGUGUCUGGAAAAGAUAGGGACAAAUUUGAAGCUCUAGGGGAUAGGGUUUUUCAGAUUUUCUUAUUGUCUUCUGCUUGAUGCUUGCUGGUGAGGGGGGCGGUGAUCUCGAAGAACAUAGCGAGUGGCAUGGCGACUCUCUUACUUUUUGAGUAUUUUCUGUACCUGCCUCCUCCAUCCGAGACUGUAGUCCACUCUGCCAGGAACCCUAAUUCAACAAGCAAUUCAAAUCCCUCUUUCCCCAAAUCUAAGAAAUAAUUUUUGAUGGUAUGUAUAUGAGUUAAAUGACAAUACUGUACUGCACACACUAUUUGUGCCAAAAAAAAAAAGUACUGCACACACUAAGAUACCUUCUGGAAACUGACAGCGUCCAUGCCCUCAUUUGACACAGAAGAAAAAGACAAGAGCUCAAGAUAUGCCGUUGGCUGCAAUACUAAGGCGGACGAAGAAAGUCUUUUAGGUUUUAAAGAUGAUGGAGAUUUAGCUAAUUUUCUGCACCCACCUCUCCCCUAAUUAACCAGCUCCUCCUAAUGGUCAAAAUCGUUCACAUCAAGUCUGUCACCAUCAUCAAUAGAUUUGGCACUAGGGCAUAUAUAGGUGAUGGCUACUGAUGAACUGCUUCCCAAAUAAUCCCAAUUAAAAGACAAAUAAUAGAAGAAUUGAUGUGUGUUUGUCCAUUGAAGGCUGCUGCUCCUGAGAUGAUACUGAUGUUGCUCAAGACAAGAAGAAGAAAUUACAUUGAAUGAUUUUUCACACUGGCGAAUAGAAAAGAGACACGUGAUGAGUGGACAUGAAGAGAAAAGGGUGCUAGACUGCUAGGUUUAAUAUAAAUAGAAAUAAGAAGCAGUUGGUGUGGUUGUGAAGGAAGGAGGCAAGCGACCAAAUCUCAGAGAAAUAAUAGUAUAGAGGAGGAACAAAGAUACAAGAGAUCAACGAACAUGGGAAGAUCUCCUUCCAGUGGUGAGUCUGGUCUGAAGAAGGGUCCUUGGACUCCUGAUGAAGAUGAGAAACUUGUCAAGUAUGUCAAAAAACAUGGCCAUAGUAGCUGGAGUGCUCUUCCCAAGCUUGCUGGUCUUAAUAGGUGUGGGAAGAGUUGCAGGCUAAGAUGGACGAACUACUUGAGACCUGACAUCAAGCGAGGGAAAUUCUCUCCGGAGGAGGAACAGACUAUCUUGAAUCUUCAUGCAGUUGUUGGAAACAAGUGGUCAACGAUUGCAAACAACUUACCUGGGAGAACAGACAACGAGAUCAAGAAUUUCUGGAACACCCAUUUGAAGAAAAAGCUGAUUCAGAUGGGAGUUGACCCAAUGACUCAUCGCCCAAGAACCGACGUCUUGUCCAGCUUAUCUCAGCUGAUCUCUCUGUCAUCUAACCUCAGAGGUUUUGUUGAUCAAGAGCAAAUUAUGCUGAAACUCCAAACCGAGAUGGCCAAGCUCGAAUUGUUCCAAUACCUCCUUCAACCACCUUCCAUGUAUAACAACAUUAACCCUAAUGACUUUGACACUCCCAGUCUCCUUAACUCUAUUGCCUCUACCACCAGCAAUAAUCUCGACCUUGGUUCCUAUAUUCAGGACUUCAACAGCUUACCAUCCCUAAAAAACUUAAAUACCAACAUUGGACCAUCAUCUGUUUUCCCCCAAAAUCUUGAUGCCAAUCACUUCAAGUUCUUCAAUCAAAGAGAAAACCUUCUUAUAUCUCCAAGCUGGCUCUCGGAUCCGUCCAGCUCAAAUCAGAGUUUGUUACCUUCUCUUGAUCCUUCAUCUGUUAUGACUGAUGAUCUUAUUAGAAGCCAAUACGUUAUUGAAGAUGUCAAUAGCAAUCUCACCUCUUCGAGCUAUCAAGAAUCAGGAGCUUCAGCUGCAUGGCCUGAUCAUCUACUAGAUGAUUCUAUAUUUUUUGACAUUCCUUAGCCUUCCUCGUCCUUUCAGGUAUGUUUUGGAGGAACUCAAAAUCGAAUAUAUGCCUGGGACUGUGCUUGUUGAAGAAUUUAUUCGCAUAUAUCUAUCUAUAUAUAUUGUUGGCACAUCAUAUACAUAUGUGUGCUCAUGUUGUAGAAUGUAAAGUAUAUAUAAUUCUUAUGCGUGUUGUUGUUAUCAAUGCUCUUUAGCAUUUGUUUGUACCCAUCUCCGAGUUUCUAUUAUUAUAUCUACUAGUGGUCUC